CCGUCCAGCCGCUCCUGCAGUCAUCUCUCGGCUGUCGAGCGAGCCGCGCGUGUCGCCCGCGUCGUACAUUCGAAUUUACGUCCGUGAUGCUGUGUUUAUUGAAAAAGCACUGAGUGCUCUGUGGAAAUUACUUUUCUAGUACACGAAACAACGGCCUCAAAAUGCCCCUGCGGAUCAGAAACUGCCCGCAUUUCGUGCGGGAGAACCUCCUCACCUUUAUGACUGUGGUGGGAGUGGUGUCCGGCGCCGUGCUCGGUUGGGGGCUGCGGUCCUCUGGCUACGAAUGGUCCAGACGAGACGUCAUGUACUUCCAAUACCCUGGAGAGCUGUUUCUGAGGAUGCUGAAGUGUUUAAUCGUCCCGCUGCUGGUUUCUUCUAUAGUGUCUGCUAUCGGCUCGCUGGACCUAAGUCUUUCUGGCAAGGUUGGUCUCCGAGCCAUCAUUUACUACAUGACGACGACCAUUUGCGCGGUGAUGCUGGGCAUCGCCCUGGUCACCACCAUUAAACCCGGCAACGAAUCCAAAGCUUACCAGCAACCCAAUGCGACAAAGUUGGUAACCAAGGACACCCUUACUUCCGACACUUUGCUGGAUUUAUUACGAAACGUGUUUCCUGAAAACAUUGCUCAAGCUACGAUAGCGUCCUACCGAACAAAACUUGUUUACGAUCAGAACGAUACGAAAUCAAUAAAGGGACAACUAGAAACGUACAAGAUAGAAGGAGACUACCAGAGCGGCAGCAAUGUCCUUGGGUUGGUGUUCUUCAGCAUCGUGUUAGGUAUAACGCUGGGCAAGAUGGGUGAACAGAGUCGACCGCUUCAAGAUUUCUUCCAUUCCAUGUCAGAGGCCAUGAUGAUCAUCACUGGUUGGGUUAUUUGGUUAUCACCACUCGGGGUGUUCUUCCUCGUAACGGCGAAGAUCAUGGAGAUUGACUCGUUCGGCGACCUGGUGGGACGGUUGGGGCUUUACUUCAUGACUGUGCUCCUAGGCUUGUUCCUGCACGGCUUCGGCACACUGAGCAUUCUGUUCAUACUGGCCACUAAGAAGUUGCCAUGUCGGUAUAUUGCCAAGAUGGGACAGGUGAUGGCCACUGCUUUUGGUACCGCUUCUAGUUCAGCAACGAUGCCGAUAACGAUCGGCUGCUGUGACGAUAUGGGUCUGGACCCUCGCAUCACGCGGUUCGUGAUCCCCAUCGGCGCGACCAUCAACAUGGACGGAACAGCGCUAUACGAGGCCGUCGCCGCAAUCUUCAUCGCUCAGCUUAGGAAAGUCGAGAUGUCCUUCGGCAAGAUUAUCGCUGUCAGUGUCACGGCUACGGCGGCCAGUAUAGGCGCGGCUGGCAUCCCACAGGCCGGACUGGUCACUAUGGUCAUGGUGUUGGAUACCGUCAACUUACCUGCAGAGGAUGUCUCCAUCAUCCUCGCCGUCGACUGGCUUCUCGACCGUUUCCGAACAACUAUUAACGUGGUGUGCGACGCUUUGGGCGCUAUUAUUGUCGCCUCACUGUCCCAGGGAGACAUCGAGAAGACGCGGGCAGUACAAAACGACCGCGAUACAGCCAACUCGCACGAACUCACCGAACUAGAGAAAGGCGACCAUUGAGCGUUUGUAAAUAGCAAAACGGCAUACCGAUGACGGUUAGAUCAUAUUAUUGAAAAUUUUACGACCGAAGCUAGAAUUUGAUGUAUUAAAACAAUUUGAUGUAUUAAAACAACAACCUGGUGGAUAUGUUUAAAUUAAUAAAUAGAAGGGACGGUAGGCCAAUAACCGUUUUGUGUUCAAAUAACGAGCAACAGUUAUUUUGUGAUAGCACAAUAACGUUAUGUUACUUCAGUCAAAACUGUUGUGAUUCUACGUAUGUGGAGUAUUGUCUGUUGAAUAGCGUGUUUGUGUAACUGUUCAAGAGUACAUAUCUAUAGUUGCAAUAGUAGCAUUUUCGAAAAAUAUUGAUGUUUUUGAACAAUAUUUCUUGCUGUUGAUCGAUGUGUAUUGAAAUGUGAAGUUUAUUAAUUUUGAUAGAACGUAGUGGCAAAGUCUGUAUAAUGUUUUGUAUUCAAAAAUUCUUCGUAAUUUCAGUCUUAAGUAUUAUGUAAGAAAUUAUUUCCAACCCAAUUUUUAUUGUCUAAGAAAUUUCAAUUACCUAUAAACUACUUAAAAUCAUUAAUUUAUUUCAAAAUAAAUUUAUUUGCAAAAUAAAUUAUUUUACUUUGAAACUAUUUGCUUCAAACUUACUAUACAUUUUAUAAAAUGAAGGGCUUUCUGGAUAUAAUAUAAGGAAUAUAUAUUUUAUUACACAAAUAUUGAUGUAUUUAUAGAGCUUAUUGUAGUCAUGUCAGUGUGUUCUUGAUGUGCCAUUUUACAAAGUUUGUCAGAUUAUCCAGUGUACACAGUACUUAAAAACUUUUUCAUGAUUUCUCAUAAAAGGUAACAUUUUUGACGGCGAGAUAUCGUGGAAUGGUUUUUUGAGACAAAUUUUGAUACAUUUUCUAAUAUCAAUAUUCUUGGACAUUGAAUUUACAUCGUUGGUAACUUAAAUCAGUGUAUUUUUGUAUGAGUGUGUGUAUGUUUUAACAUUGUUUGAUUAGUACCUAUUCAAUGUGCCAUAGAUACGGAUGCUCCCUAAUAAUACGCCAUUUACUAAAAAAAAAUUGAAACAACUGGUCUAAGGCCUAAAAAACUAUUGAAUAUUUUAAUUAUUAUGUGGGAGUACCUUUGUUCGUUGUUAGAUUUUGUAGAAUGUAUGAUAUUCAAUAUUAAUUGCAUUCCAGUAAAAAAAAAUACGUAAAGACAUAUUUUGACUAUUUAUUAAUGUUUUAAUCGUUCCAAACGAUUGUCUUGUGUAAAAACAUAAUCACAUCGUGAUUUAAAAUUUAAUUUGUUUUUAAAACUUUUGGAAAGUCAUCAAACUCGUGGCCAAAAUAUUAUUAAAUGAUUAGGUAUUUUAGUGAAUAUAUUUGUAAGAUUUUAAUGUAUUUUACUCAUAUUUAUUGUAGUUAUAUUUAUAGUUCUAGUCGACAUUGUAUUUUUAGUAUUAUGUUCAAGUUAGUUUAAUAUACCGAUACCAAAUAACGUAUUUUAAAUAACUCCUUCAUUUCUACCGUUUAACCUUGGUCCACCAUAAAACAAUAAAAAAUAAUCGUAAAGGCGGCUCAUUGAUCACAAUUCCCUGUAUUUUAUUAUGUAUAUUUAAAUAUGUGAUGUUAAUUAUUUUAAUAAAAAGUGGUCUGGA